UGGACAAAUAUAAGCAACACCGUACAAAGUCGCGACAUGUUCGUUUGUUGAUAGUGACGUCAUCGCCCUGUCAACCAUCAUGGCGGCGUCCAAAGGAGGGUUCGCAGUCUUAGAUAUACAGAAUGAUGACCAGGAGAUCGGGAUGGACCUGCAAUUUCAAGACUUCGGGGACACGAGGACCCAGCCGGCGGGUGCAGGAGGGGCCAUGGGAGGAAAGCACGAGCAGACUAUUCUAUUCUCAGAGUUCCCCGACACUGCGGAAGACGACCAGGAGCAUGACAAGGUGUCACCUCGGCCAAAAAGACACAAAAGCGAGAGCCUCUCCCUGCCUGAAGUGCCCCUCAGGCCUUGCCAGGUGAGGGUGAGGGCCGUGCUGCCAGACUGGGUGAAGGGAGAGCCACCCCUCACCCACGUGGUGGCCCUCAGGCUGAAGGACAAGAGGCACACGUCCCUGGCAGUGAAGCAGCUGUCCCUGGUGCUCCCUGUCCCAGCGCUCACACACCUCAAGAGGGUGAGGCGGGUACCCAAGGAAGACGUCGGGAAACUGAGCCUUGGGGAGCCGAUGGGACAAGACGUCAUGCUCAUCUACCUCAACUUUGCCAAGGAACUUAACAUUUUGCCGGACACGACCACAAACUUUGCCUCUCUGGGCGAGUCAGACGUCUCCCGUGUGUUUGCCCAGCUGGAGAACACGGGUGUGGACACACAGCACUACACACGGCAGGUAUUUGUGUGUCAGGCUGCACUGCACCCACCAAGACUAAGGGAAGUGUACGAUAAGGUCACAGCUCUCUGGCCGUGUGUGUUUCACGAGGACGCUUACCUCACACGCCUCGCCUCAGACGCAUUCUUCAGUCCUCAGGAAGUAGAGAGCAUCACAGCACACAUGAACAAGGCAGUAGAUGCAGGGAGGCAGGCAAACAACGCAGGAAGUCCCCCGAUUGGCUGUGUUAUUGUGGACGAGGUGACUGGUGGGGUGUGUGUGGCGCAGGACAGCAGGUUGUCACACCCUCUACAGCAUGCGGCGAUGGUGGCUGUGGACAUGGUGGCGGUGAUGCAAGGUGGUGGUGCCUGGACAAGAACACCAGGGGGAUGCAAGGAAGAUGAAAGGUUGAUAAAGGGCAUAAAUACUCCAAAUAACACAAUCAACAUCCAAGGAAAUAAUGAGGAAGAGAAGAAACACAAAGACAACACAUUACCCCAGACAAAAGGAGAGGAUAUGAAAACCCAAGGAAAUAAGGAGAAAGACAAGGAAUACAAAGACAAGACAUUACCACAGACAAGAGAUAGGACCAUCAACACUUCAGACAGCACCAGCAACACCCAAGAAAAUGAUAAGAAAAGAAGUGACCAUGAAGAACAAACAUUGCCACAGACAAGAGACAGGACCAUCAACACUUCAGACAGCACCAGCAACACCCAAGAAAAUGAUAAGAAAAGAAGUGACCAUGAAGAACAAACAUUGCCACAGACAAGAGACAGGACCAUCAACACUUCAGACAGCACCAGCAACACCCAAGAAAAUGAGAUGAAAAGAAGUGACCACGAAGAACAAACAUUACCACAGACAAGAGACAAGACCAUCAACACUUCAGACAGCACCAGCAACACCCAAGGGAGUGACGGCACACCUUACAUCUGCACGGGCUGUGACGUUUACCUGAGUCACGAACCAUGCAUGAUGUGUGCCAUGGCCCUGCUGCACUCCAGGGUGAGACGAGUGUUCUACCUGCUGCCUGACCCUGCCCUUGGUGCUCUCGGCUCCCGCACCAAGCUGCACACUCUCCACGGGGUCAACCAUCGCUAUGAGGUCUUCCGAGUCCACUCCUCACCCUCUGUUUGGAAUGAAGGGAGACUGAUGGGGGAGGGAGAGGCAAAGGAUCCAAGGUCCCUGAAAGCUGGCCCUUCCUUCUGGACCUUUGAGUUUUACCAGCAGUUCUUUGACGUGGAGAGCAAGCAGGUUGGGGACAGAAUAUUGUGGUCCAUGGUGCCUAAGCCUGGUGUUAGCUACCUGCAGACCUACAUCAGACCGAACCCUGAUCUUUACGGGCCUUUCUGGAUCUGCCUCACCCUCACCUUCGCCACAGGCAUCACUGGCAACCUGGCCAGCUACCUCGCCGCCUCAACUGAGGAAACCUAUGUAUGGAGAUAUGAAUUUCGCAAGGUGACCCUGGCUGCCUCCUCUAUCUUCGCCUACGCCUGGCUGGUGCCGCUGGCCGUGUGGGGCGUGCUGGCGCUGCGAGGCUCCCGUGCCAAGAUAACGCUGCUGGAACUGCUGUCCAUUUACGGGUACUCCCUGGCCAUCUUUGUCCCUGUGUCGGUGCUAUGGAUUGUGCCGCAGCCGUGGUUCAAGUGGUGCCUGGCCAUUGUGGCACCCGUUCUGAGUGGCAGUGUAUUGGUGAGGACUGUAUGGCCUUCACUGUCCCACGAUUCAAAGCAGGUGGCCAUUGGUAUUGCUGUUGUUAUUCUGCUGCUACACGCCACGCUUGCUCUUGGGUUUAUGCUGUACUUCUUCUCUCCACCUGAAGCCAAAUCAAAGAACGACAUACUGCCAGUCAACCCAGACACAAACAAGGCCAGUACACCAUCACCCAAUGUCCCUGAAGCUCCCCCGAAGGCUCCAGAAGUCGAGGGGGAUACAGAGGCCAAGAAGAAGCCACAGGAAGCGAAAGGGGAUCCAACAGCAGCAGCAUUAGUGAACCCAGGAGUGAAGAUGGUUGAAAGGGAGUCGAAGGAGAUAAAGACAAGCUCAAGUGUUAAAAAGGCACUAGAUGUUAAGUCACCUGUUAAAGUGCAAGAAGGUGUUAAAACAAAAACUGUUCCUAGUAAACCUCCUCCUCCUCCUCCUGCUCCUCCUGCUGCUCCUACUGCUGUCACUACUGUGGGUAAAACAGAGGAAAUGGUUAAGAAGUCGACGUCUUAAAUUGUUCUCUGGUCAGGCGUUGGUGGGUCAUGUUUGUUCAGCCUUUCUUGUUAAUCUUUGGUGUGGGUUAGGUUAGGUUAGUGUACGUUUGGUUAAAUGAUGUUAGUUUAGGGUAGAUGAAGUAACUUACCUAUUCUAACCUAACAUAGUUUAAUUUCGGAGUUUGAGGUUAGAUCUGUUAGGUCAGGUUGGUGUACAUUAGGUUAGGUGUAGUUUAGAUGAGGUAACUUAACCUAUUCUAACUUAACCUAGUCAAAUGUAGGAAUUAGAGUUUAGAUCAGUUAGGUUAAAUUAGGUUAGAUUAGUUUAGCUUAGGUAAGAUGACGUAACUUAACCUAAUUUAACCUAACGUAACAUAAAUUAUUGAAGUCAGGUUAGAUUAGUUGGGAUUAGUUUUAGAUAAGAUAAAAUAAUUGUUCUUGGGAUGUGUAAGGUUAGGUUAGUUUAGAUGUAGUAACCAAACUUUACCUAAUAUAAUCUAGCUAUUUUUUUGGAUGGAUUAGAUUAGGUCAGGUUAGGAUAUGUUGAGUUCGAUGAGGAACUAUCCUAAUGUAACUUAAUGUAGCUUAACUGAACAGAACCAUCUCUAACCUAACCUAACGUAACCUAUCCUAGCACACCCCAAGAAUAACAAGAAUGGCGGAGGGUGCAUGAUCCGAGUCGAUUUGGAAGGUUAUGGAUGGACUGAUUGGUGGCGUGUCUCAGUUAUCUGAUUAUUACUCCUAUAGCAGUACAUUUGUGGCCAGAAGUCUUGUAACCACCUCUUACUCAUGUAUUUUGUGUUUUCCUUCAGUAAUUGUAAGUCUGGUAACAUGCCUUUCAGUAUUGUAUCUACUGAUGGCUUAAAGUCUUAUUAAAGUUGAAGAUUUGCUAGUGUUCUAAACUGUCACUAGUUUCAACACAUCGUAAGAUUGAUGGAAGGUAAACAUUGAAAGUAAAUGGUGUGUUUCUAGACUUCUGGACACUGCUGUAUAUUUGUGCCUGUGGCCUCCCUCCUCAGGCUAGUCUUGGCCUUCAUUCAUCACUCAUUCAUUGGGAAGCAUCAGCUGUUAUUUGUAUGAGUUGUGUUUAUACGCAUAUGAUAAAGUUAUGUCAUUUUUUCGUUGCACAAGUUUGUUUUCCAAUGUUUGGACGGUUUUUGUUUUAUUUACACACUGAAAGGUAUGUACUGGCAGUGAUUUUCUUGUUUGUUUGUGUGUAUAUGUGUGUGUGUGUGGUUUAUGUAGUAUAUUUAUGUGGGUUAAUGUGUGUGUGUGUGUGUGUGUGUGUGUGUGUGUGUGUGUGUGUGUGUGUGUGUGUGUGUGUGUGUUGACAUGUGAUACUAGAUAAUACUGCAACAAGUAUUAAAUCUGCCUUCCCUCAGUCAGUGUGUGAGUCGAGAUGUCAUUUCCUUACCUGUCAUUUCACAGACCGCCCUUCGCUUUGUGCAUUGUAUUCCAUAGUGAACACAUUCUCAUAACCCUUCACACAUCCUUUUGUAAGCUUCAUACUUUCAACGAGACCUUAAGAGUGUGGUGUCUAUAACUUGUAAGGUGAAGGAGUGGUGAGGCAGUGGUGACAUUCCAAGUGUUCUGCAGACUAGGCAACAGAAGGAAGUGUUUGGGUGAAUGUUAAUGUUUUCGCAGUAGUGGCACACGACAUGCGGAUCACACAGGUGCUGUUUAACACUCUGAGUCCGGUGGCUCUUACGCUCUUAUUUUAGGAAAAGAUUACGUGAUUUUACGAAGCUUUACGAGUGCUGUCUUAAAAUUAGUGAGCUGUGUGUUGUGUUUAGCAAAAGUCUUGGUUUAAAAGAAUCUAGUUUAGUAUGAUUCAGAGUUGAAAUGGACUAAUUCAUUGUGUUCCAAGGAGCCACCCAGGGAUUAAGCGUUAAAAUUUCCAUCAGGCAAAAAACGAAUAGCAGAAUAUUUAGACUAGGCAGCAAAAGGCAGUGUUUGGGUGUUCCUGUGUCCUAACCUGCCUCAAUUACCAGCACACACCUUAGGGUACACAGGAUAAUAAACAUCACUAUCUUUUAACUAUGAAACUGUGCCUAACUUACUGCAUACAAGAUCCUGGCUACACACAACACUCCACUACACCCAGUACACCCUGAUACACAUCCCCAGAGCCUCCACAGUCUACAUACAAGCAGCAUCUUAGUGUGAGCAUAACCAGUUGUUGUAUUUUAUGUAUAUAUCAUGUUAUAGUAAUCCCUUAACUAUAUGUGUGACAGAAAGUGAAUGCCAGAAGGUGUGAGGUGUGGUGUGUUGAGGGUGUUGCUUUUCGUGUGAUGUUACUGUAUCUACUUCCUUUCCUUUCUUCCCUCAUGACACUACUAUGUAUCAAAUAUAUUUUAUUAAACUAUCUAAUGUAU